AUGGCGAAUAUUCGGAAAAUUGGGGACAAUGGAGACAAUAGGGACAAUGGAGACAAUGGAGACAAUGGAGACAAUGGAGACAAUGGAGACAAUGGAGACAAUGGAGACAAUGGAGACAAUGGAGACAAUGGAGACAAUGGAGACAAUGGAGACAAUGGUGGAGACAAUGGAGACAAUGGAGACAAUGGAGACAAUAGAGACAAUGGAGACAAUAGAGACAUUAGAGACAAUAGAGACAUUGAGACAUUAGAGACAAUAGAGACAUUAGAGACAAUAGAGACAUUGAGACAUUAG